AUGGAUUCGGGAUUUCCACCAGUGCCGGACGAGAUGAAGGUUCCUGCGACAGAGGACGUCCCACGACCCAGGUUCGUGGCACCUCCAGCUGCAUCGCGGAGCUCGUCCGUGGAGUCAAUGGAGGACUUGCAAAUUGUGCUUGGCCCACGUUCGGCUCUGCCAGGGCGACUGGGCACGGCCAGAAGGCUGCACAUGUCGCGAGACAGCAUCGUCUCCCUGGCCAACUCUACAAGCACUGCGGAUUGCAUCAGGUUCAGUGACUACAUGAGGCUGACCCGACCGAUCCCCAGAGCAGAAGGAUCACGAAGACCGCAGGCUCAACUCUCUGUCGGCAGUGCCCUUCACGUUGGUGAUGGUGUAAAUGCCAUGUGCUUGGUGUGCAGUUAUCACAAGCCUCCACUGCGAAGUUGCAUGAAGGGGGCCUUCUGUGAUUUCUGCCACCUGCACGAUGGACGCCGCAACAGGCGUCGACGAGGCGCGCUUUUCUCUGGGAAGGAGCUUCUGCUCGCAGAUGACAGGGCGCGCAUUUUGGGCUACAAGGAUGGCAAUGUUAAGGUCCGCGUCAAGCAAGUGGACCAUGCCACAGGGCGUGUCUGCGUCGGAGUCGACGAUGGCAUGCAGGAAGCAUGGGUUUUCAAAGACGAGCUGCGGCCAGUCGAGGAUCAGACAGGCCGGAUGACUUGGAAUGACACCGAGCUGCCUGUGCUUCAGGGCAUCCUCCUGUAG